UAAGCACUUCCGGGUCAAAGUGCAAAGCUUCACUUGAUGUCAUUCUGCACUGCAUAGCUUGAUAACUUUUUUAUUCUCUUUCGCUCUAUGUAUCAAUAUAUUUCAUUUAUUUACGACCAUGAUGAGGUCUUUGCUGCCGUGCAGGUCGGUUUCUCACAUCCUGUCCUGUACGAGAGGGCCAUGUCUGCUCACAGCUCGGACUCCUCCUAGUUUGCAGCAUCGUUCACUCGCAGGUUACCCAGCAGUCCAGCAGAGCCUCCAACGAUCCCUGUCACCUAAAGUCACUCCCCUGGUCAGAUACUCGGAUUUAGCAACUGAAAAGUACACUAUGAUUUACACUCUGCCGUACAUUAAACACCUCAGAGCGGUGUCCAGACUGAAGCUGCUUCAAACCGCCUUCACAGUGGUCAUCUUACCCCCAGUUUACGUCCUCUACUUCCAGGGGUCUGCCCCCUUCUUUCUCGUCAGCUACACAACGGGGAUCGCGCUGUUUGCAGGCGUCAUGCUGUACUCUCUCAGUCACUUCUUCAGAAGGGUUGUGGGGAUGAUGUACCUCGACCAGACUCAAACCACGCUCAAAGUGUCCCACCUCUCCUUCUGGGGCAAACGCAGGGAUUUUUACCUGCCUGUCUCGGACGUCAUGACCAUCGCAGACACGGGGGAUACUCUGAGUGAGACCAUAUUGAAACUAAAGACAUACAGCAGUACAAACACGUUCUAUUUCUCCACUUAUUUUGGACGUGUGGUGGACAGACAUCAGUUUGAAAAAGUGUUUGGAAGUUUAAAAUGACCGUUUGCUCAGAAUG